AUGGAGGCAGAACUUCAGGCUAAGAUCGCUGGCCUGGACCAUGUCAUUUCUGAAUACUCUGUGGGGUACUUGACACAUGCUUCCAACCUUUAUGUGGAGGAUGCAAAUGCUCCAUCGCCACUCACGGAAGCCGCCGAAACAGUGACGGAACUGCUGGUCUCUGCCUCGGGAGACUUCUCCGCGCAGAAUCGCGAUGCAAUUGCCAACCUGGUGGAAAAAUUCAUUACAUCUCUGAGCUCCUCCGAUGGCAAUUCAGAGCGUAGGCAAAUGCCUUUUGCGGCCAAGAGACUCGACCAGACAAUCAACGUCGGCUCGCAGCGGAACAUGUCCUCUACCCUUGGCUUGACUGGCACCAAUGUGGACUUGGAGUCCGCCAAUGCCCGCAAAGUGGAGUCUCGUGUGGAUAAGAAGAAGUUGGAGAAGGCUGAGCGCAAGAUCAGAGCUAAGCAAGAGAAGAAACAAAUGAAGACGGUCACCUACGAGGCUUCGCGCCUAAUCCAGCCAGAUGAAACCAUGUCAUAUGAAGAAUUCUUCAUGGCUGUCAACCCGCUACAAUUGGGCUCGGACUCUCAGUCAAAGAGCAAGGACAUUAAGCUGGACAACCUCGACAUCACCAUUGGUGGUCUACGCAUUCUGACGGACGCUAAUUUGACCCUUGCCUUCGGUCGACGAUAUGGUCUGGUUGGUCAGAACGGUAUCGGAAAGUCUACUCUCUUACGAGCCCUGAGUCGCAGAGAAGUCGCCGUUCCCAGCCAUAUCUCGAUUCUCCAUGUUGAACAAGAGAUCACGGGUGACGAUACCCCAGCACUCCAGGCAGUGUUGGACGCAGACGUGUGGCGGAAACAUCUGCUGGCUGAACAAGAUAAAAUCACAAAGCAGCUGUCAGCUAUCGAAGAUGAACGAUCCUCCAUGGCAGACACUUCUAAGGAUGCUGCCAGGUUAGAUCAAGAACGAGAGGGCCUAGACAUCACCUUGAGUGAUAUUUACUCCAAGCUCUCUGAGAUGGAAUCUGAUAAGGCAGAGUCUCGAGCAGCAAGCAUCUUGGCUGGUCUUGGUUUCUCCCAAGAAAGGCAGCAAUUCGCGACCAAGACUUUCUCCGGAGGUUGGAGAAUGCGUCUUGCGCUGGCUCGAGCCCUAUUCUGCGAACCGGAUCUAUUGCUUCUUGACGAACCGUCGAACAUGUUGGAUGUUCCAUCUAUUACUUUCUUGUCUAACUACCUUCAAGGUUACCCUAGCACGGUGCUAGUCGUUUCUCACGACAGAGCGUUUUUGAACGAAGUCGCCACAGAUAUUGUCCAUCAACACUCAGAGAGAUUGGAUUACUACAAGGGCGCCAACUUCGAAUCGUUCUACGCCACAAAGGAAGAGCGAAGAAAGACUGCCAAGCGUGAAUAUGAGAAACAAAUGGCGGAGCGGGCUCAUUUGCAAGCUUUCAUCGACAAAUUCCGAUACAAUGCCGCCAAAUCGUCGGAAGCCCAGUCCAGAAUCAAGAAGCUCGAGCGUAUGCCAGCUCUUGAAGCACCCGAGAGCGAAUAUGUUGUGCACUUCCAAUUCCCCGAGGUCGAGAAACUCUCACCCCCUAUUGUCCAAAUGUCGGAUGUUUGCUUCGGCUACACCCCAGAAAGACCCCUCCUCAAGGAUGUUGAACUUGAUGUCCAGCUUGAUUCGCGUAUUGGAAUUGUUGGACCGAACGGUGCUGGUAAGACUACGGUGCUCAAACUGCUCACCAAUCAACUCCAGCCAACCAAGGGAUUGAUCUCUGCGCACUCGAGACUGCGCAUUGGGUUCUUCGCCCAACACCACGUUGAUGCUCUCGACAUGAACUCCAGUGCAGUGAGCUUCAUGGCCAAAACAUACCCCGGCAAGUCUGACGAGGAGUACCGAAGACACUUGGGAGCCUUCGGUAUCACCGGUAUGACUGGUCUUCAGCGAAUGGAGCUUCUGUCUGGAGGUCAGAAGUCUCGUGUCGCCUUCGCGUGCUUGUCUCUGACUAACCCCCACAUUCUUGUUCUUGACGAGCCUUCCAACCAUUUGGAUAUUGAAGGUAUGGAUGCGCUUUCUGACGCGCUCCAGCGAUUCGAGGGUGGUGUGGUGAUGGUUUCCCACGACGUGACGAUGUUGCAGAAUGUCUGCAAGAGUCUCUGGGUCUGUGAUAAGGGAACUGUUCACAAGUUCGACGGCGAUGUGAAGGCAUACAAGAAGAUGAUCACCGCACAGGCCGAUGAGGCUGGUGUUGUGGCUAAGCACUAA